CUCACGGUCCUCGAUUUUUCCAACACAACGCCCUGUGCUUUACAAAUCCAUCAUGGCUACUUCCGGGUCUGAGUCGCAGGUACCUGGGCUUGCAGACGGCCUUGCUCCUACGCACACUUACGUUCAAAACCAAGGGUAUGUGAACGAAGACGACGAUAAACCCCCCACCACGGCGGGGCAAGAGACCGCGGAUCAAGAGGAGGAAGACGGUGACGAUGAUUUCUACGACGACAUUUUCGAGGAGGAAUUGGAUGAAGAAGACAUCAAUUCCGCAAAUCAUGCAGAUCUCACAAAGGCGUACAAUCGCCAACGAAAGACGAACGAGCUCGCUGCCGACCCGAACGCUCCCCGAUGGACGUACCCUAAGACAAACACACAAAAACCGACUGUGAAUGUAUACGCAUCUGUGGACGAUCAAGUCAAGUCCCUUACUCGGCAUGCGGCGAAGAUCAAGCUUGACAAUGUCCAGUCUGGGCUGGCGGUUCGAGGAGAGCGUGGCGCCGACAAGGCUGAUCGAGCAACCUCUGAGCAGGUCCUGGACCCUCGGACACGGAUGAUCCUGCUGCAGAUGAUCAACCGCAAUGUUGUCUCUGAGAUCCACGGUUGUCUUUCGACGGGUAAGGAAGCCAAUGUUUACCACGCGAUUCUGCAGCCGCCGGAAGACGACUUGGAUGCCCCACCACAGAACCGCGCGAUCAAGGUCUACAAGACGAGUAUCUUGGUCUUCAAGGACCGAGACAGGUACGUGACUGGCGAGUUCCGUUUCAGACAGGGAUACAGCAAAAGCAACAACCGAGCUAUGGUGAAGCUUUGGGCGGAAAAGGAAAUGCGAAACCUGCGGAGAAUCUAUGUUGCCGGCAUUCCCUGCCCCGAGCCUAUUCAGUUACGGCUCCACGUCCUUGUGAUGGGAUUCCUCGGCAAUUCCAAAGGCCUGGCCGCUCCCCGUCUCAAGGAUGUUGAGUUCGAUAUUCCGGAGCCUGAGACAAGGUGGCGUUCCUUGUACGUUGAGCUCCUGGGCUACAUGCGGGUGAUGUACCAGACCUGCCAUCUUGUUCAUGCCGACUUGAGCGAGUACAACAUCCUCUACCAUAAGAAGAAGCUUUAUAUCAUCGACGUCAGCCAGAGUGUUGAACACGAACAUCCUAGCAGCUUGGAAUUCCUGCGCAUGGACAUCAAGAACGUCAGUGAUUUCUUCCGUCGCAAGGGAGUUGCGACGCUGCCCGAGCAGCUCGUGUUCGCAUUUAUUACCUCCACGGAAGGACCCUCCACCAUUACAGAAGGGAACAAGGAGAUGAACCAGGCUAUCGAGAUGCUCUUUGCACAGGCCGAAGCUGGUGAUGCCGAGGAUGACGUUGACACCGCUGUUUUCCGACAGCAGUACAUUCCUCAGACGCUGGAACAAGUCUAUGAUUUUGAACGCGACGCGGAGAAGGUUCGCGAUGGCGAGGGCAGCGACCUCGUCUAUCGCAAUCUACUGGCCACCGAUAAGUCUGCUGCUCAAAAAGAUACCGCCGAGCAGUCAGAUUCGGAGAUCAGUGGCGGCGUGUCUGUCUCUGGUUCCGAGGAUGACGAGCAAGAUGGUGAAACGGAUCCCUUUGCUCCCAAACAGCCCCGGGGGAAGCGUUUCGAGGAUAAGGAUUCCAAGCGAGACCACAAGCGUCAGGUGAAAGAAGCCAAGCGCGAGCAACGUGCCAACAAGAUGCCGAAACAUCUCAAGAAGCGGCUUGUGGCUACCUCGUCGAAGAAGAAGAAAUGAUCAUUCUCAUUCUCCGAUCAUUUGCCUCGUUUUAUACGUCAUUACGGGUCUUUCUUUUGCAUAUAGGGUUUACGAAUCUUCAUGAUGGUUUUGGGUUCGGUUGGAUUGCAUGGUAUGAGAUGGCUGUGGACUACAUAUAUCUAUUGAUACACUAGCAUAUAUAGGCAUCAGGGAUCAAGAAGCACAUGGAGCUAAAUUCUGGUCAUUUAUACCAUUUGAGACCUGCUAUCCUUGAACCCAAGUAAUGAAGUAGAGCCGGUCAACUAGACGGGUUGUUUAGCAAGCUUUGUCACUAACUAGUGAAAAGAGUAUAAAGUCUUUAUAAAAAGAUAUUUCUUAUAUAGUCA